GACAUAAGAAAAUCUUAGUGGCUUUUAUCGGCAGAACAAAAUUGGAAGUGCUCCUUGGAAGUAUUCGUACUCGAAUCGAAGUUGCUGGAUAGAGCGGGAGGUAGAGGAAGGAAACAAUCUUGUUGCAGCUGAAGCCUGAAGGUUCACUGACAAACACAGAGCAGAGCAUAGUACGUCGCGCGCGGGAGCAACGCAAGAGACCGGAUUCCAUUCCAUCCUUGGAAUCCAAACAUUAACCUCGAUCGCCUGCUUACCACUCUCGGCAACUUUGAUCCUUGGCUUGCUCCGGCCGAGGAAGCAAGCGAGCAAACCGGGCCUGAUGGACCUCCUCCUCCUAUUCCCCCGGUCGUUGCGUGCGCAGCUCGCCUCCACCUUCUCUUCCUCGUCGGCGCGCCGGAAGAAGAUCAUGGCGGUGACUCCCCGGGGCCGGCCCGGUACCAGCCUCUGCCAACGCCGGCCGAUGCUCCUGCUCCUCCUGUUCUGCUGCCUCCUCGCCUUCUUCCCCUGCCGCGCGUCGGCGUUCCACUCGUUCGUGGGGACGUACGGGGUGAACUACGGGCAGAUCGCUGACAACCUGCCGAAGCCGCCGGAGGUGGUGAGGCUGCUCCAGAUGGCCAAGAUCAAGAACGUCCGGAUCUUCGACUCCAACCACGACAUCCUGGACGCGUUCCGCAACUCCGGCCUGAACCUGGCCAUCGCCAUCCCCAACGGGCUGGUGAAGGACAUCUCGGCGAACCCGGCCAAGGCCAUGGACUGGGUGAACGAGAACGUGCAGCCCUACUACCCGUCCACCCGCAUCGUGGCCAUCAUCGUGGGCAACGAGAUCCUGGGCGGCGCCGACUCGGGCCUCGCCGAGGCGCUCAUCGGCGCCGUCGUCAACGUGCACGACGCGCUCCGCGCCCUCCGCCUCUCGCGCACGAUCGAGGUGAACACGCCGCACUCGGAGGCCGUGUUCGGCAGCUCCUACCCGCCCUCCAACGGCACCUUCCGGCCGGACCUCAUGGUGUACCUCAAGCCGCUGCUGGACUUCUUCUCCCAGACCGGCGCGCCCUUCUACGUGAACGCGUACCCGUUCCUGGCCUACAUGAGCGACCCGGCGCACAUCGACGUCAAGUACGCGCUCAUGGAGCCCAACGCCGGCAUCCUCGACCCCAAGACCAACCUCCACUACGACAACAUGUUCGAGGCGCAGCUCGACGCCACCUACUCCGCGCUCGAGGUCGCCGGCUACCCGGACAUGGAGGUGCGCGUGUCCGAGACCGGCUGGGCGUCCGAGGGGGACGCCUCGGAGACGGCGGCGACGCUGGAGAACGCGCGGACAUACAACUUCAACCUCAGGAAGCGGCUCUUCCUCAGGAAGGGGACGCCAUACAGGCCCAAGCGGGUGGUCAAGGCCUUCAUCUUCGCGCUCUUCAACGAGGACCAAAAGACCGGACCCGGCAGCGAGCGCCACUUCGGCCUCUUCAAGCCCGACGGCAGCGUCUCCCUCGACAUCGGAUUCAAGGGCCUCAGGUCGUCCUCGUCGUCGUUGCUCACCGAGCAUCGAGCCAGGGGGUGGAUCCUGCGCUACUGGGCGGCGCUUCUGCCAUGCACAUUCGUUUUCUUAGCUUUGGCAGCAUGAUUAACAUUGACCGCGGGCAGAUUAGCAAGCCUGUGUUUACGUAGGAAGGAAACGGCCAUGAUUUCUGUAAAUUCCACAGUUCGAUACACCGAUCCUCUCAAAUCUCAAUCUCUCACAUACAUCAGUGUCCUGUUCGUUUUAUACUGUAUAUAAAUAUUCGAAUCAUUUCUGAAUGA